AUGGCAAGACUCGUCCAGCCUCUCGGUAUCUUCACUCAAUCCCAUUACUGGCGCAUUCUACGUUGCCACAACGCCAAACGUGCCCUAACUGUCGGUGCUAAGUUCUCCACUGUCACUGCAUUAGCUGGAACGCCCAAAUCACGAGACGAAGGAACAACCACGGUUAAGCUUUCGAGCAAAGCGAGAAGAAAAGCUUUCUAUGAAUCUCCGGAAGGGGUCUUAUUGCGCAAGCUGAACGAGUGCUCGAAGGAUGGAGAUGUUGUUCAAGCCCUUUGCCACUAUGACGAGGCUCGAAAAUUGGGGGUUCUACUCAACCUUGACCAUUAUAACAAAUUGCUAUACUUAUGUUCUGUUGAAAAUGCUGAUGUUCCCCAUUUGGGUCUCAGAAGGGGGUUUGAGAUUUUUCAACAGAUGUUGAUUGACCGAGUUCAGCCCAAUGAAGCGACCUUUACCAAUGCUGCUAGGCUUGCUGCUGCCAAGGAAGAUCCCGAUAUGGCUUUCGAAUUGCUGAAGCAGAUGAAGAAUGUUGCUAUUCCUCCCAAGCUGAGAUCGUAUGAACCAGCUUUGUUUGGAUUUUGCAAGAGGGGUGAUGCUGAGAAAGCUUAUCUAGUUGAUGCUGACAUGAUUGAGUCUGGUAUUGUGGCUGAAGAGCCUGAGCUUUCUGCUCUUUUGGAAGUCAGUGUCAAUACGAAGAAGGAAGACAAGGUGUAUGAGAUUUUGCAUCGUUUACGUGCUACGGUGAGACAGGUGUCUGAGUCGACUUUACGGAUAGUUCAGGACUGGUUUAACUCGGAAUAUGCUGCAACAAUCGGGAAAGAGAAGUGGGAUGUGAACAAGGUGAGAGAAGGGAUUCUGCGGGGAGGUGGAGGAUGGCAUGGUCAAGGAUGGCUUGGGAGAGGGCGAUGGAAGAUGGUGGAGACUCAGGUGAAGGAGGAUGGUGUGUGUCUCUCCUGCGGCGAGAAGCUUGUGAGCAUUGAUAUUGAUCCAAAGGAAACUGAAAUUUUUGCUGCCUCAUUAUCUAAAUUAGCUUGCCAAAAAGAAGCUAAGGAAAACUUUGUUCAUUUUCAGAAGUGGCUUGAGCGGCAUGGCCCGUUUGAUGCUGUUGUAGAUGGUGCCAAUGUAGGCCUUUCCAAUGGGCACAAUUUCAGCUUUUCCCGGCUUAAUACUGUUGUUGAACAAUUACGGCAAAUAAGCCCUUCGAAGAGAUUGCCACUUAUAAUUUUGCAUAUAAGUCGGGUAAAUGGUGGUCCUGCUCAAAAUCCAAAAAACAGGAGACUUAUAGAAAAUUGGAAAAAAAACGGUGCUCUUUAUGCUACACCUCAAGGUUCAAAUGAUGACUGGUACUGGUUGUAUGCGGCUGUUAGUUGUAAAUGCUUACUGUUAACAGAUGAUGAGAUGAGGGACCACUUGUUCCAACUACUGGGUUCUAGUUUUUUCCCGAGAUGGAAGGAAAAGCAUCAGGUUCGAGCAUCAACCUCAUCUUCUAGAGGCUCCCUAAUUAUGCCUCCCUGUUAUUCAAUAGUUAUUCAGGAAUCAGCCAAUGGUAGCUGGCAUGUGCCAACUGUAACAAGUGAUGAUCCUGAGAUCCCAAGAAAAUGGUUGUGUGCCACAAGAUCCAGAAACAAAUCAUUACAUAAUAUAUGGACAUCCUCCUCGAGGUCUGAUUGCACAUGA